AUGGAUCCGCUUUCAGUCUCAGCUUCAAUUGUCGGGCUGGCGACAACAGCCGCUCAUAUUACCACUACCCUCUGUCACUUGACUAUGGAUUUGGAGGAUUCCCCGAGUCUCGUCGGCCACAUAAUCGCCGAGAUAGCUUUAAUCAACCCAGCUAUGUGUAACCUUCAAAUGUUUCUUGUUGGUGACAGACGGGCGACAAAGUCACAGGAGUCAAUGAUACUUGUUGAAGAUUUGGUUGUUAUUCUAACGGGAUGUGUGUGUACGUUCUCGGAACUGGAGGCUGAGGUCAACGGACUACGAUCUGGUCCUGAUUUGAAAACCUUAGACCGAUCGAAAUGGAUGUCGCGAGAGAAUACAAUCAAGCUGCUUCUUGAAAGAUUGAAGGAUCAUAAAUCGUCGAUUGUGUUGAUGCUCGGUAUACUUGGCUGGUAA